UAAACCUAUAGGCAGCAGAGAUUUGGAUAACAAGCAGCUGCCGCACAUCUUGGAAAAUAGGCAGUCUUUCUGACCAAGGAGAUUCAGAGUUUAUCUCUUUCCUCCUCGUUUGUUUUCUAUUUUAUUCUUGAGUGUGCAGAGUUUGGUAUAUUUGGAAUCUUGAAUUUGUGAGGUUAAACAUUAUUUUGUAACCUAUGUUUGAUGAUAGGGAAUUAAUUUGUCAUCUUCAAGCCACACAGACUAUAAAGCCGAACCACUAUAAAUCUUAGUGUUUUUAUUUGUUGUUUGGUUUGUUUUAUAAUGAAAUCCUUUCGUCUUCUUUGCAUCAACAUGGAAAAUAACUGAUCACCAGAAUCCAGCAAUUUCUCGUUCUUCACCAGCCCAGUGCAAAACCCACACUUGUAUCUGUUGUCGAUAAUUUUUUUUUCUUUCUAAAAUCAGUUGAGCAGAAAUUCUUAUCUUCCAACUUCACAUAUUCUUGCCUCCCUCCUCCUACACUACUCUUAAUCACAAGAUACUUUUCAUCUUCUCUCUUUUCUAUUAUUUUUUAAGAAACUUACCAUCUGUAUUGAAAAGUCUUCUCAUAAAUCAUUGGAGAAACUUGAGUGUAUAAAUCAAUAAUGGGUCGUAAAAAACAGAGACGGAUAAGACGGGUACGGCACUACUCUAGCUCUCAUAAGAUAUUGUUGGUUGGAGAGGGAGACUUCUCUUUUUCUGCUUGUUUGGCUCGAGCUUUUCGCUCUGCCACUAACAUGGUGGCUACCACCCUUGAAUCUAAAGAUACUCUAUCGACAAAACAUUGGAGCAGUAAGGCACAUGUGGAUGAGUUGAAGAGAAGAGGAUGCUUGGUGUUAUAUGAAGUUGAUGUAGAUGACAUGGACCAGCAUCCCAACCUUAUGUGCAUGAAAUUUGAUAUUAUCAUCUUCAACUUUCCUCAUGCAGGCCAUUACUCUUGGCUAUGCGAAAGAGACGAUGAGCUCAUACAAAAGCACAGGGAAUUGUUGAAAGCAUUCUUCGAAAGUGCCCGUGGGAUGAUCGGCCAAGGUGGGGAAAUUCAUGUUUCACACAGGGAUGACUACCCCUAUGAUCAAUGGAAGUUGAAGGAGCUUGCUGAGAAAGCCGGCCUGGUUUUGAAAGAGAAAGUGUGGUUCGAAAAGUCGGACUACCCUGGCUACCACAACAAGAGAGGUGGAGGCAUCCAGAGCAACAAAAAAUUUCCUCUCAAAGAAUGUUACACCUUCAAGUUUUCUCUGAAACCUGAAUUCACUACUCAUGAAUUAAUGCCUUCUUGCAGCCAAACAACCAGCGUUCUUGAUGAUGAUAUAUCACAUGCUUUAAAAGGUAUGCAUUUGAAGUAACAGCCAUAAAUGUAUGGAAAGCAGAACAGAACAUAUAUGUGCUGUAUAUAUAUGGAUUUGUAAUUAACGAUUUAAGACUGAAUCACAGUAUACGUAUGCAAAACAAAGAUAUAGAUGGAUUGUGUUUCCUUUCAUGUCACAUACAUUUUGGCAUUUU